AUGUCGACAGCGCCAGCGCCAUUGGAAACAUCCCCAACACCGUCUAUACCGGAGCAUCAAACAUCGAAGAAAAUGGACGGUUCCGCCGCAGGGGGUGGAAAUGCACCCCCGAUCACGAGCUCGAAGCGUGACUAUAAGGGCUUUGUUGCUGGGGUAUUCUCUGGUCUUGCGAAGCUGAGUGUUUCUCAUAGAUUCGAUACCGUGAAGGUCCGUCUACAGACGAGUAAAGAUGGGCACUUCAAGGGACCGCUCGACUGCGUGCUACAGACAGUGCGGAAAGAAGGUGUGAGUGGAUUAUACAAGGGAGCAACGCCGCCGCUGGUCGGAUGGAUGGUGAUGGACUCUGUCAUGCUUGGCUCCUUGACGCUGUAUCGCCGAUUGCUCCACGAAAACGUCUUCUCCAGGCCUGAGAUUCGUCGCAUCACACCCUUUGCCACAUACCAAGACCUGCACACAUUGCCCAGCUUUGGUCAUGGAAUUGCAGGAAUCAUGGCCGGCACAACAGUCAGUUUCAUUGCCGCGCCUGUCGAGCAUGUCAAAGCGCGGCUGCAGAUUCAGUAUGCGGCCGAUAAAUCGAAGCGCAUGUACAGUGGGCCGAUCGAUUGCACUCGUAAAAUUCUUCGUACGCAUGGACUCUCCGGCUUAUAUCGUGGCCUGUGCGCCACGAUCUUCUUCCGCUCUUUCUUUUUCUUCUGGUGGGGAUCCUACGAUGUGCUAUCCCGGUUGAUGAGGGAGCGAACGGACCUAUCCACCCCGGCCAUUAACUUCUGGGCCGGUGGUAUCUCCGCGCAGCUCUUCUGGCUCACGUCGUAUCCGUCUGAUGUGGUGAAACAGCGCCUGAUGACGGACCCGAUGGGCGGUGCUCUGGGUGACGGGCAGCGACAGUUCCGGUGGUGGAAAGACGCUGCCGUGGCGGUUUAUCGGGAACGAGGGUGGAGAGGAUACUGGAGAGGAUUUGUGCCAUGCUUCCUGAGAGCGUUCCCGGCGAAUGCGAUGGCGCUGGUUGCAUUUGAGGGUGUGAUGCGGAUUCGCCGGACCACGACUGUCGAUCCCAUAUUGACCACGUUACGCACACCAAUCCUGCGACCACAUCUCCAUCUCCUCCUCGAUCAACGCCCUUAUACUUCUUCCCCCGGUCCUCAACAGGCCACGAUGGCCGUCGCACGCCCAAUGCGACGCACAAGUCCCAUCACCUUCUUCCUGGCAGCCUUCCUCGCCUUCGGAUUCCUCUUCUUCCUCCUCUCUCCGUCCUCCUCCGCCGCCACCACAACCACCGGAGGAGACACCUCCCAGCAACGUCGCGAAGAUGCCGCAGACCACCCUCUCUCUCCUCCGACAAAACCCUUCCUCAAAUCCCAACCCGUCCGCAAUGACGGCCUCAAGGCCCCUCCACCAGUCGUCCACUACGACCUCAACAAACUCACCACCACCAGUGACUCCGCCGACAAAGGCGAACGAGUCCUCAUCCUCACCCCCCUAGCCCGCUUCUACCAAGAAUUCUGGGACAACCUCGUGCACCUCAAUUACCCCCACGAACUCAUCUCUCUGGGCUUCAUCAUCCCCAGCACGAAGGAAGGCUCCGCCGCCCUCUCCGCCCUGGAAACGGCCAUCAGCAAAACACAAAACGGGCCCAUCCCCUCCCGCUUCGCCAGCAUCAGCAUCCUCCGCCAGGAUUUCGAGCCCCCGCUGCAAUCCCAGGAUGAAAAAGAGCGUCACAAGCUCGAGAACCAGAAGGCUCGUCGCGAGAGCAUGUCCCGCGCCCGCAACAGUCUCCUCUUCACCACCCUUGGCCCGGCAACCUCCUGGGUCCUCUGGCUCGACGCAGAUAUCGUCGAGACUCCGGCGACGCUCAUCCAGGAUCUGACGGGUCAUAAUUACCCGGUCAUCGUGCCGAACUGCUACCAGCGGUACUACAAUAACGACCACAAGCAGAUGGAGGUCCGGCCGUAUGAUUUCAAUUCGUGGAUCGAUAGCUCCAAUGCCCAGUCGUUGGCGGAGAGUAUGGGUCCCGAUGACAUUCUGCUGGAGGGGUAUGCCGAGAUGCCCACGUAUCGAACACUCAUGGCUUAUCUGGCUGAUACGGAGAGUCCCAACCCGAGACGAGUGAUCGAGCUUGAUGGUGUCGGUGGCACGGCGUUGAUGGUUAAGGCCGAUGUGCAUCGUGACGGAGCUAUGUUCCCGGCGUUUCCGUUCUAUCAUCUCGUUGAGACGGAGGGCUUCGCGAAGAUGGCUAAGAGACUGGGGUAUCAGGUCUUUGGGCUGCCGGAUUAUUUUGUAUAUCACUACAAUGAGUGA